GUAUUUGGAAAUGUUGAUAAAGUUGAGGUUGAUGAAGAGAAACAGAAGAAUCUUGUGAUGGAACGUGAAAGAAGAAGAAAAGGAAGAGGAUGAGCAAGAAUGAGUUCGACAGAGAAAGAGCAAGAGGGAGGUCCAAACUGUAUUUCAGUGGCUGCGCUGUACUUGGUGCAUGUACCGCCCAGUACCUUUUACAGCAUUGGAACCUGCAGAUAGACAGGUACAGGUACCAGUACAAAGGUGGUGUGCUGUCAAAGGAAGAAGAACAAAAAAGGAACAAAUAAGGAACAGAGGAGCAUUAGGCAUCAUCACCCCGCUAAGAGGCACUGAAGGUCCAGCUCCCGUGAUUGGCAAAGACGUGCAUGCUGAGGCUCUGCUAUAAUAAUGACUGGAGUGUUUCUCCUAGAAUGUGCU